CCCUGUGCCGGAGAGUCCUGCUGUUGCACCUGAGCCGGCGGCUGCCUCCGACGUCGAGCGCCGUGCCUGGCGGCUGCUGCGCAGCGAUGGCUGGGGCUGGGGCUGGCAGGCUCCAUCCUUCUCGCGAUGCGGCUGGAUGCUGGUGCCUCUCUGGUGGGAUCGGGCGGAGGCGCCUGCUGCUCCUCCUGCUCUCUCUGUCGCUGCUGGUUGGGGCGGGCGCUGCCAUCCAGGGAGAGGACCUCCACGCCUGCAAAGAGUCUGAAUACCAUUAUGAAUACACAGCCUGCGACAGCCUAGGCUCCAGAUGGAGAGUAGCUGUGCCACACAACCCAGGACUCUGCACAGGACUGCCAGAUCCCAUCAGAGGCACAGAAUGCUCAUUUUCCUGCAAAGCAGGCGAGUUCCUGGACAUGAAAGAUCAGUCAUGCAAACCAUGUUUAGAGGGCACAUAUUCUCUGGGCACUGGCAUCAGGUUCGAUGAAUGGGAUACGCUGCCCCAUGGCUUUGCCAACAUAGCAACCAACCUUGAAAUUGAUUACAGCUUCACAGAGUCCUUGGAAAACUGCACCAUGUCAAAGUGGGUUCCGAUGGGAGAUUUCAUUGCCUCCAACACAGAUGAGUGCACAGCUACUCUCAUGUAUGCUGUUAAUCUCAAACAAUCUGGCUCUGUCUCCUUUGAGUACAUCUAUCCAGACAGCAGCAUUGUCUUCGAGUUUUUCGUUCAGAAUGACCAGUGCCAACCAACAGUGGAGGAGUCACGAUGGAUGAAGACCACAGAAAAAGGGUGGGAGAUACACACUGUGGAGCUGGGUCGUGGCAAUAACGUCCUCUACUGGAGAACAACAGCUUUCUCUGUGUGGUCCAAAGCUCCCAAGCCUGUGUUGGUGAGGAACAUUGGGAUUACAGGAGUGGCCUAUACUUCGGAAUGCUUUCCUUGCAAGGCAGGCACCUAUACUGCCAAGUCAGGCUCUUCCUUCUGCCAACAGUGCCUAGCAAAUUCUUACUCUAGCAAGGGAGCGACAUUCUGCCACCAGUGUGAGCCCACUAUGUAUUCAGAACCAGGUUCUGCAACAUGCAAACCUCGCCCAGCCUGCACGGAUAAGGAUUAUUUCUAUACUCACUCAGCUUGUGAUACAAACGGAGAGACCCAGCUAAUGUAUAAAUGGGCCGAGCCAAAGAUCUGCAGAGAGGAUCUCUCCAGCGCUGUGUCAUUGCCCCCUUCAGGUGUGAAAAUGAUGUGCCCACCGUGCAACCCCGGGUUUUUCAAGACAAAUGCCAGCUCCUGUGAGCCCUGCACAUAUGGAUCAUACUCGAAUGGGUCUGGCUGCAUCAACUGCCCUGUUGGGACUGAGCCGGUGCUAGGCUUUGAAUACAAGUGGUGGAACAUGUUGCCAGCUAACAUGGAGACAACAGUCCUCAGUGGAAUCAGUUUUGAAUAUAAAGGAAUGGCAGGGUGGGAAGUGGCUGGCGACUACAUUUACACAGCAGCAGGCGCCUCUGAUGAUGACUUCAUGAUUUUAACCUUGGUAGUUCCUGGAUUUAGCCCCCCACAAUCAGUGACAAAGGACUCAGAAAACAAAGAGAUAGCAAGAAUCACAUUUGUCUUUGAAACUAUCUGCAGUGUGAAUUGUAAGCUUUAUUUCAUGGUGGGUAUGAAUUCCAGAACUGAUACACCUGUGGAGACCUGGGCUGGCCCUAAGGGAAAGCAGUCCUACACAUACAUCAUUGAGAAAAAUGCCACAAUGAGCUUCACAUGGGCCUUCCAAAGAACAGCAUACCAUGAAGCAGGUAGAAAAUACACAAACAAUGUUGCCAGGCUGUACUCUGUCAACGUGACCAAUGUCAUAGAUGGUGUCGCUUCUUACUGCCGGCAGUGUGCUUUGGAAUCUUCAGGCUCAUCCUGUACCUCCUGCCCAGCUGGGCACUACAUUGACAGAGACUCUGGAGGCUGCUAUUCAUGCCUACCAAAUACUUACCUGAAAGCUCACCAGCCCUAUGGCAGUCAGGCCUGCAUCCCUUGUGGCCCUGGUACAAAAAACAACAAGAUCCAUUCUCUCUGUUACAACGACUGUCACUUCUCAGUCAGUAGGAUAGACAGGACUCUGGAAUUUGACUUCUCAGCCUUGGCCAAUACUACAUCCUUUUCAGGGGACCCAAGUUUUACCUCAAAAGGGCUGAAGUAUUUCCAUCACUUCAACAUCAGCCUCUGUGGCAAUCAUGGAAGAAAGAUGGCUACCUGCACAGACAACGUCACAGAUAUCCGGAUCCUGGGCAAGGAGGCAGAGUCUUCCAGAUCAGCUACCUCCUAUGUAUGCCAAUCUGUCAUUGUCCCCUCUGACAUGAUGGGUUACAAGACAGUAGUGUCUUCACAGCCUGUGAGUCUUGCAGACCGCUUAGUAGGAGUAACAACAGAGUCUACCCUGGACAAUAUAACUUCUCCUGUUGACUAUUUCCCUCUGAAGAAUGUGGACUUACUAGAUGUGAUAUUCUUUUUUAGAUCCAAUGAUGUGACCCAGACUUGUAAUAAUGGGAGAGCCACUGCCAUCAGAGUAAGAUGUGAUCCCCUAAAGUCUCCUGGAAGCCUGUCUGUGCCAAUCAAGUGUCCUGAAGGAACCUGUGAUGGGUGCACUUUCCACUUCUUAUGGGAGACAGUUGAAGGCUGUCCUCUCUGUUCUACAGAUGACUACCAUGCCAUCACCAGUGCCUGUGUUGGAGGAAUUCAGAGAACCACGUAUGUGUGGUGGGAACCAAAGCUGUGUGCAGGUGGCAUUCCCCUCCCAGAGCAAAAAGUCAGCAUCUGCGAGACCAUGGACUUCUGGCUCAAAGUGGGCAUCUCAGCUGGGACCUGUGCUGCUAUACUUCUGACUGUCCUGACUUGCUAUUUCUGGAAGAAAAACCAGAAGCUAGAGUAUAAAUAUUCCAAGCUGGUGAUGAAUUCCAGUGCCAAGGACAGUGAGCUGCCUGCUGCUGACAGUUGUGCCAUUAUGGAGGGAGAAGAUGUGGAAGAUGACUUGAUAUUCACAAGCAAGAAUUCUCUCUUUGGCAAAAUAAAGGCUUUCACGACUAAGGCUUCUCUUAGCUACAGUCAGGCUUGGCAGGAAUCUGUGUGUAGGGAUGUCCUCAAUAAACUAAAAGGAGGAGUCUUCCAGAGAACAUCUGAUGGUUUUGACUCUGUUCCGCUGAAGACCUCAUCUGGCACCACAGACAUAGACCUCUAGGAGCAGAGUGGAUUGCCCAUUCCAACGCCUUUCCCGCAGGAUGCUUUGGGUGUUCUCCUUGGUUAAGACCUGCACUUUGAUGAACUUGCCAUGUGGCCUUACUGGAUACACUUUUAACUUCAACUUCUUAUUGUACUUUUUUAAGCCUAGAAUUUUAACAUUCCGUCCAAAAAAAAGAACCAUGCCAAAUACAAGUUUGCUUUUAAAAAUUA